UUUAUGUUUUGGUGAUGAUCCCUGUAUUGAAUCGGACACUGGGGGAAAAUUGGCAUCUCUCAAAAGCCGAAAAACGCAGAAAUCCAAGUCCAGCAUGAAAACGCCAGAUGAUGACAGGGCAAUGGUAUGCAUAGAUGAAGAGCCGACUAAUCCGCAGGAACAAGAAACUGGGGCGGCUUCUCUCGAAAGCAAAAAAGCAAAGAAAUCAAAGUCCAGUAAGAAAAAGCCAGAUGAUGACCAAGUAUCGGUAUGCAUGGAUGAAGAGCCGACUAAUCGAGAAGAAGAAACCGUGAAAGAGCCUGAAGUUUUUCCUGACAAAAUAGUAGCAAUGCAUAGAGUGAGAUGGAACACGAACAAGGGUAGUGAGAGAUGGCUGUGUUAUGGAGGGGCAGCCGGAAUUAUUCGUUGUCAAGAGAUUGUUUUGUCCGACGUCGAUAAGGCGUGGACAGCAAAGAGAUGAGAAGCCAUGUUUCUUGUCUAUAGUUUUGUCUGUAAAAAGGAAAAGAGAGAACGAAAUUAAUCUAUGAAACAGAGAAGUAAUCAAAUUUUGAGUUAGUUAA